GCAAACGUCAGUUCGCUUCAGUCCGUGAAACUUGCCCUGAGGUUUUACAUUCUACUAAAAGAGUCAACGAGGGUCUUCUCUCAUCACUUCCUAGUCAGCGAAGCCAACUUUAACGGAAAGUUACCGUUUCAGACCCACGAUGUCCGGACACGGUCAUGGAUACGGACACGGGCACGGCUGCGGGUGUGAGGGGGAACACGAGCCCGCGGAGAGGGGCCUGGAAUACGGAUUGUACCGGCGGAUCGACCUGGAUAAGCUCCAGUGCCUAAACGAGAGCAGAGACGGAGACGGGAAGCUGGUGUUCAAACCCUGGGACCAGCGGAACGACCGGGACAAGUAUGUAGAGAGUGAUGCAGAUGAGGAGCUGCUGUUCAACAUCCCUUUUACAGGCAGCGUGAAGCUAAAAGGUAUCAUCAUAUCUGGAGAGAAUGAUGACUCUCAUCCAGCUGAGAUAAGGCUGUACAAGAACAUCCCUCACAUGUCAUUCGACGACACUGGCAGAGAACCUGAACAAGCCUUCAGACUCAACAGAGACCCUCUGGCUCAGCUCGAGUACCCAACAAAGAUCGCUCGUUUCUCCAACGUUCAGCAUCUCUCCAUCCACAUCUCAAAGAACUUUGGAGAUGAGAGCAGCAGAGUCUAUUACAUCGGUCUGAGGGGAGAAUACUCAGAGGCUCACAGACAUGAGGUGACGAUCUGUAACUACGAGGCGGCAGCAAACCCAGCGGAUCACAAAGUUGAGAGCAUCAUCCCACAGACUAACUUCAUCUCCUGAAAGCUUCAGAGAGUCAGAGGAAGAAGAGGACGAUGAGGAUCAGAAGGAGAGGUUCUGGAGGUGUCUGAUCGACAACUGUCGAAGAUGAGCUAAGCUGAGUUGGAGGCUGCGUGCAGCAGGUUGGUUGAACUCGACGGGUGAUUGAGCACUGAGGACCGGGGAGCUUCAGGUGUGUCUAGAAAUGCCAAGUUUUGCGCUGUUUUCUACUUUGAGAGUGAAGGCUUCAUGUGGGCAAAAAACUUCAAAAUAAAUGCAUGAAAUAUUUCACAGAUACAGUCUGUUUGUGCCUGUAUUCUCUCAUUCUCAACCACUUCAAUAAAAUAAUGGAUACUCUACAAUAAAACACUGAUGGCUGGAAAUCAAUUUUGUACUAGUAGUUUUUGGUUGUUCCCAUCUUGGGUAUUUUGCCUUCACAUAAGUUUUUUUUGGAUGGUUAAAAACAUGCAAAACACAUAAUUCGCGAUGAAAUAUCUGCAGAUAAGACACAGCAUAAAUAUGCUUCUCGAGGGCACAUUUUGGGGUUUGUACACAUAAGUGUUUUGAAUACCUAUAAAUGUGUAGUUGCAAAAUGACCUUAUUUGCAUUGUAUAAAGCCAACAGGGUGACUAACUCAUGCUGCACAUUUUCUGCCACCU